CAACUGUUUGCAUUAACUUAAAUCAAUAUGUUACCAAUCAAUAUUUGAUUUCGCCAAGGGCUAUUUUGCAACAUGCAGAGAUUUUCCGAAUCAAACCCAGGUAGCUAUAGGGACGGGUGCUAGGUUGUUCGUCAGGUGGCCAUGUAGACAGAUAUUUUGAUUGGGUAAAUUAAUUGUGCCUGGUGUUCCGUUUUUGGCGCACUUCGCUGUUUUGGCUACCCCUUGCGUUCUCGCAUGCCAGGAAAUAUUGCCAUCUACCGCAGCUAGCAGGAAAACAAGUGUACCCGCCAGGCUGUUUUUGUUUUUAUGUUCGCCAUGGCCUAUAGCACUGAAGGUGACAGGCACUGGUCGGGACAAACAUGGGAAAGUCCACUGGACCACGACCGUGAUGUGGUCAUGUACGACCUUGAAAGCAGCGUAAUAACGGAGGUUAUCAGAAACGAAGGUUCGUCCGAAUCAUCUGAGGAAUGCUGCAAAGAAACUACAAAGGGUUCUGCAAAGGUAAACAUUUUACCUCCAGUUAAUGCAGCGACAGAGCUGGAAAAUAGGCUUGAGGAGAUGAGGAGGAAGAACAAGGCUUUGCUGGAGCGGUUCAAUGAAGUCGAGGAGGACAAGAGAAGGGCAGAGUGGAGAGGUUCAGCCCUGAGGCCCGAAAACACCAAACUGGUCACAGCCAGUUACUCAGCUAAUACUGCCAACAGAUCUGACCGGUGGGAGAAACUCUCCGUUACUGUAAUGAACCAGGACAACUCCCGUUCUGUGGCGAAGCAGUUCGGAGGGGGCAGGAGCCUGCCCAAAUCCCGGAGGAUUGAAGACCGCCUGGAGAAGUCAGAGGGGGAAGAGGACAACUUUGCGAAGGCAGGGAGGCAGCUGAUUGUCUGCACUAUAGACAACCGGGAGGAUGCUGGAGGCUGUUGGUCAGACCUCAGCGACUCCACGUCUGAUGCUGAGAGGAGAGAGUACCUGCGCUGGAAGAAGAGGCACAAUCGCUCCUCUGUAGAACUGCUGGAUGAGUAUGAGGAAGACCUGUCCGUGCGUCUUCGGAGAAGCAGGGAGCAGCGUCGGAAGGACCCUGUAGUUGGACAGUCACAGAAAUGUUGUUCAUUGUAAAAGAUGCUUGUGCAAAGCCAACCACUUUUUGUUUUUACUUGUUUUUGUAAAUAUUACAAUAAUAAUUGUGCAUGUCUGUCGGAGUGUUGCACUUCAUAUUUUUGAAAGUUGCACUGUGUUGAGGUAAUUAUUUUAUAUACAUUAAAAUCAGUGUAAAUCAAGCAA